UGGAUUCGACUGGCGCGCUACUCGAAAGUUCUCGAAGACUCGCAAUAUUGGAGCUCAUUUCAUCUCGGUGGCACGUGUCUCCCGCGGAAGCAUCGGCCUCGGUCUUGGAACAUUCUCCGGGUUAACCAAGUUUCACGAGGGUCGUUAAAUCCGAGAGUCAAACCCCGGGCCUUCGCGGGGCCUCGCAAAUUGUCGGCGCGCAAUAGUCAAGUGCCACUUGUAACCGCGCAAUGGGACACGUCGCGUCGGACGACAUGGCGCAGCAGCAAGAACCGACGUCGGGUCGUACGUCGGCUGAUAGUACUGACUGGGAUCUCGACACGUUUCAGUACAGGAGUAGGUGCCAGUACGCGAUGGUCGUGCUGAAUCGUCCGGUGUGCUGGAGGGGCAGCAAGCUGCUUAAAUUGUGGCAGGGAGCUCAGCUCACAGUCACCGUGGAUGGUGGGACACACAGGUGGCUGGAGUACUUGAAGAAGCAGAAGCUGGACGUGUUCGACAAGGACGACCGAUAUCUGCCAGAUAUAAUAACGGGUGAUAUGGACAGCUGCGAGCCGUCCUUGAUUAAUAAAUUGAAGAAUUUGGGAACGUUGGUCAUGGAGACACCCGAUCAGGACAACACAGAUUAUACCAAAGCCUUGAUGCAGCUUGCGCACUACAUCAAAACAUACAGCAUAGAUAUAGAGGAGAUAUAUGUAGUGGUAGACACGUCUGGCCGGUUUGACCAUAUCAUCGGCAACAUCAAUACAUUGUACAAAGUUGACAAGCUCGGACUGGGAAACAUACGGGUGAAGCAUGUCGCGUGCGAUUCUUUGACGUGGAUGUUAAAACCUGGUUUGCACAGAAUACAUGUACCAGAGAUCCUGGUAAGAGAGAAAUCUUGGUGCGGACUAUUACCGUUUGGUUGUCCCGUCAAUUGCAUAUCAACUACCGGCUUGAAGUGGAAUUUAAAUAAUACAACUAUGCAAUACGGCGGAUUGAUAAGUACUUCCAAUACAUUCGAAAGUUGCGAAGUGACUGUGAAUACUGACACGUCGGUAAUUUGGACUAUGGGUAUAGAGUCUCUUAUAAAGUGAUAGAUAUUUUAUGAUAGACUUUCCCCCAAGAAUAAUGAAGCAUAAUAUUGGUCUACCAUGCAGAUAAUACAGCCGAUACAAAUUAUUAGACAUGGUCUUGGGCUAGACGUAUUAAAUAUUAACUCGAUCUAACGUACUUAAAACAUUUUUUAUUUGAAUAGGGAGUAAAUUAGAUUUACACAUGAACUUGAAGAUUAUGUUAAAUUCCAUUUAAAAUUUGUUUACUACUAACAUUUGGUGCUUUCCAUUUGCAGACAAGUUGACACAAGUAUCACGUUAUUCACUGACUGUUGAAAAACGAUAGACUUGACUCUUGUGUCGACUUGUGUCGCUAAAUGGAAAGCACCAAUUGGUACUAUCGCGAGACCGUUAUAAUGAUAUACGAUAAGAAUGAGAUAAAUCAGUUUUAUUUGCUGUACACAUGUGUCUUAUUAAAACAAUAGAGUAACAAAAUUUAGUACAAAAAAUUGAUUAUUUAAAUCGCGAUUCAAACCAAAUGUUAUCAGGUUGAUUAAUGCCGCUGUUAACGGUAUCAGAUUCCAUAUCAGACAUUAAUUCUUAAAUGUAAGUGCAUACAUAUUAGUCACAAUGUUGCUGCAAGACACAAAGAAAUAAUCUUGUAUUAGUUAUACUGUUAUUGAAUCUUGUAUGCAUUCCAGUGAACAACACUAGUUGAAAAGAGUACAAGAUAUAGUUUGUAACGCUGAGUUCCUCUUCUGUUUGCGUAUAUGAAACCAAAGCCAUGAUAGUCACAUGACAUUUUAAUACACGAGUGAUUGUACUAGUUUAAUUACAUAGUUUAUCGGUCCCGAAAAGGAUUGCAGAUACGUAGUGUACCAGACUUAUAUUUUUUAUUCAAAAAUUUUUAAUCAGCUUCUUACAAGCUGACACAUGUGCGUAGGAUAAGAGUUGAAAUUGAAUCUGAGACCUGCCGACCACUUUUAUGUGUAGUCAUGUAGUCUCUUAAUAAUUAUUGUAAAAAUAUACGUGAUUUAAGUUAGAAUUACAUACAGGGUGAGGCAAUAACUUUAUCCACCUCGAAUAUCUCCGCUAUUUUUAGAAAUAUAAAAAAUUGCAAUUACUAAUAUGCUAGCAAUAUUUUUUCAGUAAGUGGAGGCGUUUCGGAGAUUUUAAGGUCACUUCGCAGAUUUUAGUGUCAGUAGAUCUUUCAGAAAGUGAUAAGUUUAUAUUGGAUUAGCUCUCCUGCUGAAAAAAAAUUGCUAGCAUAUUAUGGCCCUCUUGAUAUCCUACAGCAAUCGUAUUUACAAUUUCUGGAUAUUUCUAAAAAUAGCGGAGAUAUUUGAGGUGGACUUAUUGCCUCACCCUGUAUAUACACACAGGGAAGUUAUUGUCUCACCCUGUGUAUACACACAGGGAAUUGUAUACACAGGGUGUCUCAUAAACUUUUUACUGAUAUUUUGAGUAAAUGCACUGUCUAUGCAGAUAAGUUUGUUUUGAAAACUUAAAAGAAAAAAACAUGAUACGUAAAACUCAAGUUGUCAAAUGACAUUUCUCUGCAUGAGAUUUAUUGCAAAUUUCAUCGCAUGUGCAGAUAAUAUAUUUGACAAGAACAUGAACAGAUUUAAUUCAAAUGUUAAUAGUUGUUUCGAAAGCAUUUCGGAACAGUUCUUCGAAAUGCGUUAUUAGAAUCUCCUAAAAUAAAACUCCAUUCGAUAUGUUAAAUAUCGACAUGUUAAAUAUCAAUUGGAAAAGUUGCUAGAUUCACAUAUAUGGAUUAUAAUAGAGAAUUUUUAAUAGGAAAUUUUCGUUACCUCUUGCGCUUUUCCGGAUAUAUUUUAAAUGGAAAGAGACACAUGUGAGAGCCAAUCAUGUUAGGUCGCGGGCGAAGCUGCGGGGCGUGCUAGUUUUAAAUAAAAAAAAACUAUGAUAGUCUGAGCAUUUUGAUAUAAGAAUUUACUCCGAAACGUUCUUACAGGACAUCCUGUAUAAAGAUAGUUAUCCCAGUAAACACAGUUAUGUAUCAGUUACGUUAAUGUUAUGUGAUAUAAAGAAAACAUGUAAUAUUGCAAAUAUGUUACAUGUAUGUUAGUUGUUAUUUCUGAGGCAGCUAUGGGGAGGAUUGCCUAGUCCCCAUAGCUGCCACAACGCAGGGGAGGCCACCGUAGUGAUUUUAGCGGGUUAACUUGGCGCCACAUAAAUCUUCCCCCGAAGACGUGGCUAUCCGAAGUGAUUUCCACCAUGUAAAAGAAGUUAUUUCUUACUUAUGGGUGUAACAUGUAAUAUAACGAUGAUGCAAUAUAACGUAAUAUUCCAUUAACGUAGCAUACACGUCUUUUUCAAUAUAACUAAUGUUACAUUGAAAUAACAAGUUACGUUAAAAUUUUUCUAAACAUAACAAUUGCUAAUUGUUACUUCUAUUAACGCUACAAACUGUGUUUACUGGGACAUGUGGAUGUCUGAUUGAAAAACGUUUCUCAUCUCUGCGUUGAUUUCCGAUUCUUACACUUGCUGCCGAUUUAUCUUGUAACGAAACGCAACGUUUGUCCAUAGGCAGCACAAAAGUCUAAGAAAUAUCGUGAAUGUAUAAACAAUAUUUUUUUAGACAAUUUAGACUUUUGUGUUGCCUGGAUGACUACGCGGUAUCUCUUAGGUCGCACGCAGUUUGUAUUGCUCUAACAGGUCCGUACAAAGCUAGGGCAUGAUGUAAGAAGCAUAAAACUCGAAUGUAUCUCGUUAAAUCUCUCUCGAAUGUCGCUAGGUAACACAACGAAGCGUGUUUAUCGCAAAUAUUUGGCACAGCGAGAGCGUCGAGCGUCGAAAUAGUAUCCUGAGCAGUACCUGCCGCUUUAUAGCCGCCCGCGCCCACUGGCUAUACUCGCGUGCGCUCUUAUAACAGCAGGUCGCCACCGCCACCGCUGCUGUCGGGGCUAGAAUCGGAGCGUGUACUUCGGCGAUCAGCUGUCGCGAAUGUUUACAUUCGUCGGCCGAGUGCCGGCUCGUGGUGGGGUCGCGGCCACCGUCCAGUUCCUUUCGGCCCGUCGCGUCGCGCGGUUCACGUAAUCGACGACCGCCUAUCGUGCCUUAUUGUCGUACUGUCGCGCGAUAUCGAGCAAAUGCCAGCGCGCACCUUUUCGUGCUUUUCGGAAUCGGGUAAGCUUGCAACCCGUCUGCGACGCGACCGGGAAAUCGCAUGUAUACGUAUAUAUAUAGAAAGAAAGAGAGGGACACGUGGCAAAAUAUCUCUGAAAAUAUUUAUACAGCGAGUAGAAAUGCUAAAGUAGCUGAUCCAAGCGUAUCCAAGUUAAUUCGUUGGUUAAAAGGAAUCAAUGUAUGGCUGGGCGAUUUUACAUCGAUUAUAAUGACAUUCUCUGAUAAUAAGUUUAUAUUGGAGUUUAUAAAACUGUUAUGCUAAUUAGGAUGUUUUUAUUAUUGUAUCGCUGCGUGAUAAUCUUAGCGUAUUUGUAACUGGAGUCGUAACAUUAACUUUGCACGCGUGUAUUCGUUCUUGACCGAGUUUGUUUCGCAGAUUAUGGACAGUCGGGUGUAAUGAUGUCGCUAUUUGAAUGUUCGAAUAAAGGGAUUGUCGUCGCAAGUGGCUUCGGCGGUUAGUACCGUUAAAUUGUAUCGCCGUUGUUACUGAAAGUUCAAGUUAUUAAUUGAUGUGAGAAAUUCUCGUGUGCUUCGUGCAGAAAAGAACUUGGUGAAUCACAAAAUUGAAAAGGAAGAUGUUACUACAAAGACGAAACUUCAACUCGAAUCUAUUUUUAUUACUCGUCUUCUUUUAAUGUCGACAUCUGCGACACAUCAUCUCUGGAUGUUUUUGAUCAAGAUACGAUGUUCCAUCUGUUUUUGUAGAACUGCGUAAAUGUUAGGAAAGAUUCUUGCUAAACUACUGUUUACGUUGCGAAUUUUUUCACAAAUCUUUGUGUAAAACGUACAUUUAAUCGAUCAUAUAAGAUCUACCUGUCGAUUACAACAGUUCUGCAAUAAUGUAACAAUGUCUGUGCAAUCUUCCAAAAGAAUUGGCAUAUUUUAAGGGUGUGCUGGAUAUGCAGUCCAGACAAAAGAGUUACCGCAAUUUCCAAUCGAUGAAACUCUAUAAUUUUGAGAGUUGAGGUGUACAUUAUAUGAGCCCAUAUCGUGCAGAGGACUUUAAUAAUUCAAACUAACACGAUAAACAUUAUAAGUGAACAAGAAACGAGAAAGCCUAUAAGGUUCAAGUAAGAUGUAGGCAGCCCAAUAAUUUUUAAUAUGUGAAUUCUUAUACAGUUUUUCCACCCGUACUGCGCGCUGGUUUCCGGACAUAUAACACAGUUUCGUUUAGAUGGAAUCAUUGUCGUCAGCAAAUUCACGUAUUUAAGUCGAACGAAUUUCUAAUUAUUUCAAACGCUACAUUUGGCAUACGAUACAAUAUUCCCCUCUCCAUACUGUAAAGAAAUCGUAUUGCGAAAAGUAUUAUCUCAGCCAAAAUAAUAAAUUAAUAUUUUUACAUAUUUUGUAGAUAGCAAAAGCCGUUUCCGGAAUUUUGCAUCGAUUUUCAGUUAAUAACUCGACAACGGGUUAGCGAAUCGAUAUAAAUUUUUACUUAAGAAAUUCGUUCACAAAGUUUCAAGAUGCUGUCAAUGUGUUCCUUAUAAUUUCGUUUAUACAAGAGAAUAUGCCGCUAUUUUACGAGAACUCGUGUAGAAGAUUAACUCGCGAAUCAGUCAGGGAAUCGGCUUUUACACACAUUCGGACAAUAAAUGAAAACGAUUUAGUACA